UUGUUUCCGGCCGGAUGAGAUGAACGGCGGGACACGCUGCCAGGAACAAUUGUGGGCGCAGUGGUUCUUCCACCGGACGGGAUGGAGGGCGGGACGGCGAGUGAGAUGGCGGCGGCGCGGCCUCUGAGGGCUGUGUUGGCCUCAGACGGCGAGGAGGUAGCGUGGAAGGACGAGGAGAUGUGCGUGGUGGGCAUCUUCGGCAAGACGUCGGAGCUGAGCGCGGAGAAGUACGCCAUCGUCAACACCCUGUGCGACAAGCCGGUCUUCCCCUUGUACCCGUCCCUUAUUAACGACCAUCACCAGGGCAACAACUUGCUGCAGUGCUACUACAACCAGGACAGCAAGGUCCUCUACCUGCUCCUCACCGCCGUCUGCGACAACCACCAGCUGCUGCAGGCCUGUCGGGCCUUGGCGGAUGACGUCUCCCACGCCGAAGCCCACGAGUUCUGGAAAGGAGAGGAGAAGCUCCACUGCAUCCACCUCCUCUACCUCUUCUCCGUCUCCCACAUCCUCCUCCUGGUCCACCCCACCUGCUCCUUCGACAUCACUUACGACCGUCUCUUCCGAGCCCUGGACAGCCUCAGGCAGAAGGUUCUUCCCUACCUGAAGAGCACCAUUAAGGAUUGUCCAGUAGGGAAGGAAUGGCGAUUGAAUUGUAGACCCUGCCCUCCAAGGCUCCUCUUUAUUUUCCAGCUGAAUGGAGCUUUGAAAGUCGAGCCCAAGUGUCUAGACCCUUCGAAUCUGGAUAAACCCAAAAAACACUCUCCUAAAAGGAGACUCCAGCAUGCCCUGGAGGAUCAGAUUUAUAGGAUUUUCAGGAAGAGCAGAGUGCUGACCAACCAGAGCAUUAACUGUCUGUUUACUGUUCCUGCCAACCAAGCAUUUGUUUAUGUGGUGGCUGGGCAGGGGGAUGAUCCCAUCAGCAUGCUGAUUGGGCAGCUGAAAAGUAACUGUGCCAUCAGGGAGCAUGAAUCCCUCCCGGUUUCUGGCUCACGGCGUUAUCAGAUGAUGAGGCACGUCCACCAGCCCUCUUUCAUACUGGAAAGCAGCCUCAACAGCUCCAGUGGACAGCUAGUGGACUGCACCUUGAAGGAGUUUCUGUGGCAACACGUGGAGCUGGUCCUGACUAAAAAGGGUUUCGAGGACAGCGUCGGGAGGAAUCCACAGCCGUCACAUUUUGAGCUUCCUGCCUAUAAAAACUGGCUAGCUGUGGCCUCAAAACUCUAUGAUGUGAUGAUAAACUGGAGGGACGAUGAGCUGGGAUUUCUUUCUGGAGAUCUUUCCUCCAAGAUACAGAUACAGCUGAAAGGACUUGAAGGAUUUUUGGAUGCAGACAAUAAGUUUUCUGAAAACCGCUGUCAAAAGGCCCUGCCUCUAGCUCACAGUGCCUACCAGUCUAACCUGCCUCACCAUUACACAACGACUGUCCACAAGAACCAGUUGGCACAGGCCCUACGUGUUUAUAGUCAGCAUGCCCGUGGACCAGCCUUCCAGAAGUAUGCCAUGCAGCUGCAUGAAGAUUGCUACAAGUUCUGGAGUAACGGACACCAAUUAUGUGAAGAGAGAAGCUUAACGGAUCAACAUUGUGUUCAUAAAUUCCAUCUGCUGCCUAAACCAGGAGAGAAACCAGAGCCUGACAGAAAUCCACCCAUACUGUACCACAACAGCCGUGCUCGCUCCACCAGUUCCUGUAACUGUGGCCGCAGGCAAGCUCCUCGUGAUGACCCCUUCGACAUCAAGUCAGGGAAUUACGAUUUCUACCAGCUUCAAGAGGAAAAAUGCUGCGGGAAGCUCGAGCACUUCUAUUUCCCCAUCUUCCAGCCCAGCACUCCCGAUCCAGCUCCGGCCAAGAAUGAUUCCACUGCAUCCUCGCUCCCACCACAAGAGGGAGAAGGAGAGAAAAUGAAAGAGAAAGAGGCCCAGACUCAGGGCGAGAGCACCAGUCUCAGUUUGGCACUCAGUCUUGGACAGUCCACAGACAGUCUGGGUACGUUUCCCCCUGAUCCUCAUGCAGGGGGUGAUAACCCUGAUGCUCACGGCCAAGGAGGUGAAACUAAACCAGAGAAGAGGCCCAGCAUUGUCGACCGGCAGGUCUCGACGGUUGAGUACCUACCUGGAAUGUUAAAUUCCAGUUGCCCAAAGGGACUUUUGCCUAAGUUUUCCAGUUGGUCCUUUGUCAAACUGGGCCCUUCCAAAGCUUACAAUUUUCAUAGGGGUCUGGACCAGAGUGGCUUCAUACCAGGCACAAAUUAUCUGAUGCCAUGGGACAUCGUCAUAAAAACCAGGUCCGAGGAUGAGGUGGACAUGGACAGCAACUCUUGGCCUGCCCCCAACAAGUCUGUGCCAGCCAAACGUGCCAGCACUGUGAUUGGCCGAGGUAGACGGAGGGAUGACGUCGCUCGGGCAUUUGUUGGCUUUGAGUACGAGGACUCGCGCGGUCGCAGGUUUAUGUGCUCGGGUCCAGAGAAGAUCAUGAAGGUAAUGGGGAGUGGGCCAAAGGAAUCCGCCAUCAAAGCCCUUUCCUCGGACAUGCCCCUGUACAUCCUCUCACCCUCCCAAGGCCGAGGACUUAAGCCACACUAUGCCCAGCUCAUGAGGCUGUUUAUUGUGGUUCCUGAUGCCCCAUUACAGAUCAUGCUUACACCACAGGUUCAGCCUGGCCCUCCACCAUGCCCUGUGUUUUAUCCCGAGAGGCAAGAAAUACCUGUGCCACCGGAUGGACUCUGGGUGCUCCGCUUCCCCUAUGCCUACGUAACGGACCGUGGACCCUGCUUCCCCCCAAAAGAAAACCAACCACUGAUGAGUUACCGGGUGCAGCGGGGAAUCCUUAAAGCUAUCCCACAGUGAUGAUGCCUUAGUAGCUAUGCAAUGCUUGUCUUUUUGUGUUAAAACAACUUUCUCAACAGAGAAAGACAGGAUGGAUUGAACGGUGGACUGCCCCAAGCGAUUAAGGUUGAAUGAAAUGCUCUCAUGGGCAUGAAUCAUUUUCUCGCCUAAUUAGGUGUGCCUACAGAAUCUGUUAGCAAAACCUGAGCCUACAUUUUCUGGCCAAGAGGAUUAAGGACUCCAUUCAAAUCAGACCCCAAACAAUGGGCACUUUCCACCACAGUACACCUGACGGUCUCUGACCAUGCAUUUCCAAGUAAAGUGUAACAUAAUCUGCUUCAGUCAAACUUUCCCUCUGAUUUUCCUUUUUCCCUACAAGGGAAACCCCACUUUGUUUUCCGAUUAAAGUGCUCUCUUCUAUUCAUGUGUUGUGAAUAUAGACAGCAACCCUUGAGGCCAUUGUGACAGCAGUCAUGGUUAGUGACGCAGUCAUUAAUGUCCAUAAUGUCAAUAUAAACUGCAAAAGGGUCUUGCUUAUUAAAACAAGGCCUGUGGCUUUAAUUAAAGGUUAUAAUGGUCUUCAUGAUUCAUAACCUCAUCCAAAUCCUCAACUGCACUUGAGUCUUCAGUGACAAAUUCUCAUCACCCUUUGGUCUUCUUGGUAUCCUUCAUCGCACCACAUAAAAAUAGGUUCUGUUAGCACUGAGUCUUUAAUUUGUGUCUUUGUCUGUUGUGGUGUUCAGAGCUGCAGAAAUGUGGUCUCCCCAUUUUGAUCACUUUUUUUCAUCUUUAGUGUUCCUGUAAUAUUCCAAUAAUGGAGAAUGAAAUCUCAGGACAAAGAGAAGUUCAUGCUGACUGUCACUGAUUCCAAGAGCAUGAUGAAAAGCCCCCGAUAGUGGUUUAACGGCAAUACAAAUCUUAGCCACUGAAUGAACCUUUAAGGUGUUUGACCUGAGGUUUUGGUUUGUGAAAUUAAUUGGAGCCUGGGUCAGAUGGGAAAACUUUGGUGCUUAUGUUAGCUGCUGCUAAUUUUCAGUGGUUGAACUAACUUGUUUUUACUAAUGAUCAUCAAGAGUUGUAAUGACAGACUUUUCCAGGCCAAUGAAUGAAAGUCAGUUGUCGAGAAAGUGUCCCUAACUUAACAAGCCCUGUCCUAAGAGACCACCACCACAAAUCUCAAAACAAAAUCAGCCAAUCUGGUGUUUAGAAAUUCUGAUGCUCCAAUCAAGGAGUGUAAUAACAGUCCAACCUUUGGGUCUGCCAGCAAUAUUUUGAGGUAAGGUUUUUUUUUCUCUUGUUGAAGGGACCUUUUUUUAAUGUCCUGGAGUGAGUUUUGCUCGUGAGAUUGCAAUCGAGAGUUUGGUCUGCUAACUUGUAUUCAUGGUCAAAUAGGAAGAACUGAAUUGGUUGGAGUCAGGGCAUUGGUGAAAUGGAAAGAGAUGUUGAGCACAGUCUGGAAAGUUUACAUUAAUGUAUACAGUGUUCUUUCUGUUGCUGACGAAGAUUUGAUGUUAAAGUGUCCUAUUGAUAGCUUAAAUUAUUCUCAUGUUAUAAAUCCAACAUUAAAAUAUACUGAAGAAACAAAGGACUGCAGAUGUUGGAAUCUAGAUGUUCCUCCAGCAUCUUGUUUUUUCAUUAAAAUAUACUAAAAUAUAAAUUCACAGGGAUAGGUCCUUUUAUUACCCAUACAUCCUCCAUCUGAAGCUAACAUGAUGCUGGUCCCCUUCCAAAGGACCAAAUUUUGUUCAUUAGGAAAGUGACUAACAAUGGAUAAUAGUUGCUGUUCUGCAAAAUGACACAAAUUGAUGGAAUCGAGGAUUGCAUUCAAACUGGUGUUGGUUAAAUUCCAAGUUUACUGCCUGAGUCAAUUAGCCUUGCAUAAGCUGCUAGAACAAACAAUGUCGAAUUUACAAAUAUAAAGCAAAAUACUAUUCUGAAGUGCAGUUACAAGUGCAUUUUGUGGUUUGUUGACCAAUCUAUUGUUCAUGAGGAGAGAAAGUUAUCUCAGUAAUAUCACCAUUAAAUGUGUGUUGCAUGAUGCAUGUACUUUGAUCAGGAGCUCACAGUGACUUCAGCAGAGCUCCUGAUCCACAAUUUGGUCAUCAAGUAGCUACACUGGCCAAGUCCAACUUGGAUCUGAUGAAGAGCUUUCCGUGUUUUCAAUCGCAGGUCUAAACCAGGUAGUUUUGGUGAGUCAGAAAUUAAAUGUUUAUUUUUGGUUGUGGUGUAAUCCAGAAAUUUAGUUCAGCCCAUUGAACUCCUGUAUUCAUAAAGCCCUGUUUCCUGGAGAUUAAACUGGGCGGUGGAAGGUUCAUUAAGUCUAUAAGGAUGGGAGAUCUGAGUUAUUUUCCAAACAAACACAUUCUGUAGCUACAUCAAGGUGAAUGUAAUGAGUACCAUUUAAUUGGUGUAAAUUUCUGAGUUUUAGUAUUAAAUUAUGCAACAAAGUACAGAAUUAGGUUUUACAAUCAAUGUAGUAUGUUAUGUUUAUGUAUAUGUGGAGGGAUUAUGUACUUCCAAGUCUGUAAUGUUGCUUGUCUAUGCCAUUUGCCGGUCUCAUUAUGGUUAGAAUCUGAAACCCUCAUCCAAUCUUUUGCUAUUUUCAUAUCCAAUUAUUCUAAUUGCCUAUUUGUCAGUAUCCCAUUUUCCACCAUCUACAAAUUUUAACUCCUCCAAAACUCUGCUGCCUGUUUCCUAAAUUGCACUCUCCAUUCAGCACCUAUUAUUUUAAAUAUUUUCAUCCUUGCUUUCAAAUCCUCUCCUGCCCAUAAUGCUGUUACCUCCAGCCCCACAACUCUGAGAUAAAAGUGCUCCUCAAAUUUUGCCCCUACUGCCCAUUCUUGUCUCCCUUUACCCCUCCCCUUUUAGUUCAGGAAAACCCUCUUAAACCUUUUUGCCUGUUCACUUCUCUGUCAACGUGCUUCUUAAAAGCUACCUUUGACCAAGUUCCUGGUCAUCUGUUCUAUAUCUCUUCACUCUGUGUCAAUUACCAUACAAUAUGCCUGUGAUACACCUUGGGAUGUUUUGCUCUGUUAAAGGUGUUGGUAUAUAUACAUGUCAUUGUAAAUAAUUAUAAACAGAAAAUGCUGGAAACACAGCAGAUCUGGCAGUAUCUGUGGAAAGAGAAAUGGGGUUAAUGUUUCAGGCCAAAGACACUUUGUAUUUUUGAAUGAUUUUUUUUUAUGUCAAUUGUAAGAGAUGUCUUUAUUAAUCUCCCUUUAUCCUGUGAAAAGAACUGGCUGUAUUGUUUAGAAUGCUCAGCAAAACCCAUUGUUCUUUAACUCCUUGUCGAGAAGGAGACAUUCUACACUUGCUUCUGAGGUUUUGAAGUAGGUGACCUCCACUACAUCUGUGCACUGGCUGGAAACAGCAAAGGUUGCCUGGACUAGAUUGGCUCUCAGUUCCACUAGGGCAUUUCAACUUAAACAUGAACAAGUUAUCGUUUAAUCCACUCCAUGGUAUUAAAAACUUUGGAUACACAAUAAAAACAGAACAAAUG